GAGCGCUUCAAGGUCAUGGCGUCGGUGGUCGGUGCCAUCACCUCGGGGCUUUGGGACUCCGUCUUCUCGAAGGCUGUCCAGAAUGGCAAGGGCCAGGACUACGCGCCGCUAUGCGAGAAGGUGAGAGACUCCUUGGACCGGUGGUCGAUGUCGUCUGCCACUGGUGCGACGCCAACACCGGCGUCGGAGUCCAAGCCUGACACUACUGAGGCGGACAGCGAGGCCCACGUCGAUGGCGGCGCCGAUGGUCCUUCUACUUUCAGGAUCGAGACUCCGGACGAACGGCGUCGACGUGUUUUGCGCAAUGCCGUGCAG